AUGUGGUUCCGGCGUGUGAACUUUCCAAUUUUAGUUGGUUUAUUUUGGUGCAGUGAGACCGAUAAGGAUUCAAAGUUCCUGAAGCACAACUUAUUGAGUUUGUCAUUUUGGGUCUUUGCUUCACAGAUGUGUCGGUGGAGGGAAAGCUCUGUGACUGCGAUGUUGUAGCAGAUUGCACAGUCGGGGACACAGUGAAGCUGGAAGUGAAGCUGACCAACUGGAGCAAGCGCAGCGUAGGCCCCUUCUCGCUCACGGUGAUCCCCUACCAAGAUUACCAAAAUGGCGUCCACAACUACGAUCUCCAAGAUGGCAUCACUUUUGUUGGAUCCAACACCUUAUAUAUCGAUACGGUAAAUCCAUAAAUGACCAUAUGUUGUCUGGUUCCGCAUUAGAAUGUUGAAAAGAUGUUGAAAAAAUGUUGAAAAGCACGAGUUUUCUGUGAAAGGUAUCUUGGCAUAUCUCAUCCAUUGCAUCAUAGAUCAAGAAGUAGACUUCAGUGCUGGAUAUAUCUGCUUCCUAGAGGGUAUCCCAGAGCUUAUUCUAAAAGAGAUACAGUGGUACCUCGGGUUAAGAACUUAAUUCGUUCUGGAGGUCCGUUCUUAACCUGAAACCUGAGGUACCAUUUUAGCUAAUGGGGCCUCCUUCUGCCACCACUCAAUUUCUGUUCUCAUCCUGGGGCAAAGUUCUUAACCCGAGGUACUAUUUCUGGGUUAGCGGAGUCUGUAACCUGAAACGUCUAUAACCCAAGGUACCACUGUACCUAUAUCAGCCACCUUUUAGAAAUCUAAACUUAAGAAAAUCCUUUAGCAUUCUGCCUUUCAGUUUAGAAUUUACUGUUUUAUGCACGGUCCCCUGCUGAAUCAUAGAAUCGUAGAAUUGGAAGGGGCCUUGGGUCAAUCUAGUCCAACCCCCUGCAAUGCAGGAGUCAUCCAACCAACGUGAGCCCCGAACCCACAAACCUGGGAUUAAGAGUCCUGUGCUCUACCGACUGAGCUAUCCAGUCUCAUCCAGUUACACGCUACACAAACGUGCUUAACUCCUGGUCCACACAUGGGAAAGCAGUUGCAAAGUGGCAAGUGGUGGCCUCCUUCCUCAAAGUACUUAUGGGAAGCACUUGUGGAAGGAAAUCACAAAUGUUUGUGCACUUUGAUGAGUGGUUUGAACUGUACAAGUUAAGCCAAAUUUGCCAAAUUUGAUUUUCUCCUCUGACAUGAAUUGUGAUUGAAUUGGAGUGCUAGCAACAUCACAACCACCACCAUCAUAAUUGCAGAGCAACUUUUCAGCUGAUUUCUUGAAGAAAGCCUUCAGGAAGCAGGGAUCAUUCCCUUUGGGGUGCCUCCACCACUAAGUAAAUGUUUGAGGUUCUCCAAGUUGGAGAUACAGUAGAACUUGGCAAUGAGCCUACAAAAACAAGUGAGAACUGUUCGAAGGGGCCAGAGUGUCGUAAGAAAAAUUGUUCCACAAAGAGAGAGGAACACAGUGUUCUGGUGUUUACAUGCUAAUUCCAUAAGCCUCCAACCUCUAAUAGAGGAAUUUGAGUGCUUGGUGCUAAGAGAGAACAUAAAACUUCUAAGAAGACUAGUGGAACAGUGAGAACCAGGGAAAUAUGGUUAUCCUUGGAUAUGAGCUCUAUAAUAUAGACAGAGCAGAGGAAUAUACACACGCACAAAAUUGUGAUGGAUGCUGCUCUCAUCCCAAACCCUAGAGAUGAAGAAAGACAUCAAGGCAGUAACUGAAGGAGAGAAUGUUGCAUUAAUGGGUGAUUUCAGCUGCCUGCACAUUGACUGGGUGAAUGUAGUGGCUCUUGUUAUAUUAUUAUUGCAGCCACUGCUGGAAACUGGAAACUAACCCUCUGAAAGGAGGUGAAGAAAAGAUGAAUUGGAGCAGAGUCACACAUUUCAUCUCUGUAAAACGUCUCCACUGUGCACUUAAGUGCUCUUUUCACAUUAGAAAUGCAAAUCCGAACUGCGAGUGAAGUUAACCUUGUAUUUGAAAAGAUGUAUCUCAUGCACACGCACUCAUUAGGAAGCCGAGACUGGCUGUGCUUCUUGUUGAGUGUGCUUUCAUUAGCAAACCUGGGUCUGUGUGAAGUAAUAAACCAAAGGCCCUUAGAGAGCAGUCAGGGAAAUCCAAACCAAACCUCUUUACGGAGUAUUGCUAGACCAAAAGCUAAGCUGAUUUUGCCUCAGGUGGUUAUUUAAACUAUACCUAAAACAGCCACCAAAGGCAGAGGAUGCGUAGCUCUCCGGUUUCUACUAUCUGGAUUCUUCAAGUUCUAUAGCUGGGUGACCCUGACAAAAUAAUUUGGGCCUUCAUGGCUUAAUCACUUGUCUGCCUACUGCUGCUCUUUGUUCCAGAAUCAAAGCUAUGAGAGAGCCCAGUUCACCCCCCCAACCCCCCACUUUUACCUUGAUUGAUGUUCCCUUUGGCAUUCUCUUGGCUGCCUAAAUCCAGCUACUUUAGUAAUAACCCUUUCACUUUGUGCCAAUAUUCCCCCCCCCCCCAAGUAAUAUGUUACACCAGACCGGACGCGUGCCAAUUUAAAAGCAAGCAAGCCAGUGCAAUUCUUCGCGGCUCUCAUCCCGUCUGUAACAACCUGCAACUCAUCUUUCAACGCGUCCCCGUUUUUACCAUUGAUAUUCUCCAGACUUGUAGUUUCAAUCGGAUCUAUAAUAAUAAAGGGACACCAGAGCUUGGUUUCAGUGAUCCAUCUGAAUUUUGGAAGAACAAAUAGGACCCAUGACAAAGUUUUGUGGUGAAUCUUUAUUCACUCCAGGAUACAUUCCCAUAAACUGCAGCAAAGUUCACACAAACACCCGGACAACCCUCUUCUCCUCCCAAAUGCAGGUUGAUUGAGCAGGCCAGUUCCCUCUUGUUUCUCACCCCACCUCCAGUUUUGUCAUCUCCCACCCCCACUCACAAAAGAAAAAACACCUUGACAUUUUAGAAACUCUGGCGUUUCAUAGGCCAUUUAGGGGUUUUUCAAAAUGAUUGGUUUCCUUUAAUUCACCAUCUUAUAUGUUAUUAUUACAUAAGGAGUCCCCACCAAGAAAGUAGAAAUUUCUGCCCUUAGGUGACCCCAUUUCACUUCCUGAUGACAGGCACUCAGUUACCCAUGUUCACUACAGGGCCUCGGACAGGAGCCCUCCCCCAGUUCCACCUGGAUAUAGGAAGAAUUGAACCUGGAACCUUCCGUGUGUAAAUGCUUUGCUACUUAGCUAUAAUCCUCAGCUGAAUUUUUAAAGUUUUAUCCCCGCCACCCACCGAAAUGUUUGGAAGGAACAUGAUCAGGGUUCUGGAAACCAAGCCUUAUGAGGAAUGGUUGAGGGAGUUGGGUCUGUUUAGCCUGGAAAAGAGGAGACCAAGUGGAGAUAUGAUAGCUACCGUAUUUUUCGCCCUAUAGGGCGCACCGGCCCAUAGGGCGCACCUAGUUUGGGGGGGGGAUAAAGAAAAAAAAUGUUAUUUCCCCCCCAGGCGCGGGGCUGGGGCGGGGGAAGCCCGAGCUUCCCCCGACCCCAGCCCCCAGAACAGGCUGCUAUCCACAAGCCUUGGGAGCCCCGCGGGAACUCCUGCCGGUCUCCCCAGGCUUGCGGAUAUCUGCCCGAAGCCCGGGGCACGCUCUGCUGCGCUCCCCAGGUUUUGGGCUGCAGGCUGCUGUCCGCAAGCCUUGGGAGCCCGGCGCGACUUCCCGCCGGGCUCCUAAGGCUUGCGGAUAGCUUCCUGAAGCCUAGAGAGCGAGAGGGGUCGGUGCGCACCGACCCCUCUCGCUCUCCAGGCUUCAGCGAAAGCCUGCAUUUGCCCCAUAGGACGCACACACAUUUCCCCUUCAUUUUUGGAGGGGGGAAAGUGCGUCCUAUAGGGCGAAAAAUACGAUAACUUCAAAGGAUUGUCACAUGGAGGAUGGAGCAAACUUCUCCAGCUCUGGAGGAUAGGACCAAAACCAGUAGAUUCAAGUUUGUUGGAAUCUCCUUUCCUGUCAACACCAGGAAGAACUUUCUGGCUGUAAGAGCUGUUUGACUGUGGAACGGUCUCCCUCCAGAAGUGGUGGACUCUUCUUUACUGAAGGUUUUUAAGCAGAGGUCGGAUGACUUCUCUCAUAUAUGAUCUACUUGAGAUCCCUGCAUUGCAGGAAGUUGGACUAGAUUACCCUUAGGGUCCAUUCCAACUCUACAAUCCUAUGAUUCUAACUAUUGAUCUGCAGGAUACAGAUAAUGAAUAUUCUGCUAAAAUACCUCCCUCCCCCCAUCUCUUGCAGGUUAAGCCAACAGAAAAUUCGGUGUGCGUUGGAGCCCUACUCUUUCUGUACACGGGCGAUUUCUACUUGAACAUCCAGUUCCACGAAGACAACUCCAGCAGGGAGCUUCCUCUCUCGUGGUUUUGCCUGCCCAGCGUUCACAUCCGUGCUGCGCAGCCCGUGAUCCAAACUAAGAUGUAAAUGUACCGUAUAAAACAGCAUUAGUCGCCAUGCUCAGGAAGGCUGGGCGUUGCCUCCACAUGACUUUAGUUUGUUGCUGAUGUUUUCAUUUCUCUCCCUCCCCGUGAAAUGCAUUCAAAUACUUCCCACAAUUAGCUGGUAGUUACUGGAAGCUCGUUUUGCUGAUUUGAGAAGAAGUGAAUGAGUAUACUAGGGAACACAAUUUUUCCUUAUUUGUGUAUGGUUCUUACAGAAUAACAUUCCUUUCUCUUUCGCCCAAAGAUCUUACAUUGUUGCUAAAAUGCAGCAUUGGGCUUUAGCAAUCAGUUUUUAAGAUUCAGACUUAAAAUGGAGUAUAUUAAUGCUUGUCUAGAUAGGGGGCAUCCAAUAGAUUCUUGCAAUAUGGGCAGAAUUCCUAAAGCCGCUUCCUUGAAUUUUCAGCAAUAUUAUAGAAACUUUCAAAUAUGCCAGAAAUGCAGGCUUGUAAUGCAAACUCCUUUGACUUGCAAACUCGGGUCUAAUCAGCAAGAUCACAUAUGCAAAAUAAAAGCCACACCAACCACAGAAAGCGCUUCAUAAAGAAGUACUUCACAUUUCAACCACAUAGUGUGCUGGUUAUUAGGAAGCAAAAAGUAAAUUCCUGUUGGCUUCAUCAUAUGCACAUUGGGAUCUGAAUUAAUUCAAAAUGGUGUCAAUCACAUAAGUUAAAUGUCAGCAUUGCAAGGAUAUUUCUCUUUUUUUGGUAGAGGAAUUGCUUCUAAGCCAGUGACACAGGUAUUUGCAUGAAGAGUCUCUUUCUCCUCACACCACCUUGUUCCCUAAGUGUGCAUUUUCAUGCGAUGUAGCUUUUGAUCUGGCAUCAACUCACAGUGCUCUGGACUCCUGGAGAAAGAAAUUAGGACCAUGCAUUUUUGUUUAGAGGUUGCCCGACUAGAGACAUCGCCUGCUGAAAAUCCCUGCUCUGACCUUCAUUUCAGGAUGGCUGUCUAUCCUUCUAGGAAGCAUUAACCCAAUAGCUAGAGAAGUGACUUUGUGCUUUCUUCAUCGUGUUGCCAGAUGUUUAAUGGCAGGCUUUCUCCUACUCCUUGCUUUGGAUGACCAGAAAAUAUUGUGCACUCGUCUACUAAUCCUGAUCACUUAUCCUGAUUGCACCCGAUAACAUUUACAAAUGGCCUAAUAUUUCUGUAUCAUCUUUGCUCUUCCGUUUCUGAACUCUUCCAUAAUACCUGUGAAACAGCACGUGUCAGCUCUGAACUGCAGAUGUAUGCAUUCUCUCCAGAUUGCAGUCCAUUCCGCUGCUGCUCUCUGGCAACAUCUGCUUCCUAAUAGAUGCCACUCUGUGCAAGGUGACUUUUGAAGUCUGGUCCAUUACAGAAAUGUAGGAUCUAACGUCCCCCUUGUUAACUUUAAUGGAUUAUCUGUUUUGGCACUCUCUCAGUUUGCCUGCUUGCAUUCUCCCGAGUGAGAAAGGAUAACUUUGCAAUGCUGAAGAUUGUUAAGUUUCUGGCCAGAAGUACAUUUCCUAUUGCGUUAUUUCACAGAUCUGUAUUCCGAAGGAAGUUGGUGUAACCCCAGCUGUGCUUAAUCUCUGAGCCAUUAACAUAUUAGAUUCUGCAAUUGCACUUGCAAUAGAGUUUAAAUGCAGACUGUUUUCCAGGUCUUUCUCCUUUUCUGGAAACGUAGGCAGAUUUCCCCCUUCCAAAUCUGUAAUGGGCCAACUUUCACCUGUAAAUCAACUGUAAACCCCAGUUAGAUGAGUUAAACCAUUCUUUGGUUUUAAAACUGUUACAAACCGAGAGCAGAAUUUGGUCCGUUGUGUGUAUAUGCUGAUAUAUGCUGGUGAAACUCAAAUCGUAUGUUAAGUUGAACUUGCCAAAUAAAUAUUUGUCCAUCUGCCUCCCUCCACCGUG